CCUCGGCCGCGGCUCCCGGGCGAGCGAGGGUGAGCCGAGCACGGCGGGCAGCUGCCACCCGGCGCCGUGCUGAGCGGAGCGGAGUGGAGCGGCGGCCCCCCUCCCCGGAGAACGCAAAGUUGCCCAGUCUAAAGCGCAGACAUGCCGGGCAGCGACACGGCGCUCACCGUGGACCGGACCUACUCGGAUCCCGGCCGGCACCACCGCUGCAAGAGCCGGGUAGAACGUCAUGACAUGAAUACCCUCAGCCUACCCCUGAACAUACGCCGAGGGGGGUCAGACACCAACCUCAACUUCGAUGUCCCAGAUGGUAUCCUGGACUUCCACAAGGUCAAACCCAAUGCGGACAGCCUGAAACAAAAGAUCUUAAAGGUGACAGAGCAGAUCAAAAUCGAGCAGACGUCCCGCGAUGGGAACGUCGCCGAGUACCUGAAACUCGUCAGCAGCGCGGACAAGCAGCAGGCGGGGCGCAUCAAGCAAGUCUUCGAAAAGAAGAACCAGAAGUCGGCCCACUCCAUCGCCCAGCUGCAGAAGAAGUUGGAGCAGUACCACAGGAAGCUGAGGGAGAUCGAGCAGAACGGAGCCUCUAGGAGCUCCAAGGACAUUUCCAAAGACAGCCUGAAGGAGAUACACCACUCGCUGAAGGAUGCCCACGUGAAAUCGCGCACUGCUCCCCACUGCCUGGAGAGCAGUAAGUCGAGCAUGCCGGGGGUGUCCCUCACGCCCCCGGUGUUUGUCUUCAACAAGUCCAGGGAGUUUGCCAACUUGAUCCGGAAUAAGUUUGGCAGCGCCGACAACAUCGCUCACUUGAAAAACUCCCUGGAAGAGUUCAGACCCGAGGCCAGCGCCAGGGCUUACGGGGGCAGCGCCACCAUCGUGAACAAACCCAAGUACGGCAGCGAUGACGAGGAGUGCUCCAGCGGCACCUCCGGCUCGGCGGACAGCAACGGGAACCAGUCCUUCGGGGCCGGCGGGGCCAGCACGCUGGACAGCCAGGGCAAGCUGGCCAUGAUCCUGGAGGAGCUGAGGGAGAUCAAGGACACCCAAGCCCAGCUGGCGGAGGACAUCGAGGCGCUGAAGGUGCAGUUUAAGAGGGAAUAUGGCUUCAUCUCUCAGACCCUGCAAGAGGAGAGGUACAGGUAUGAGCGACUGGAAGACCAGCUGCAUGACCUGACGGAGCUUCACCAGCAUGAAACGGCCAACCUGAAGCAGGAGCUAGCCAGCGCCGAGGAGAAGGUGGCCUACCAGGCCUAUGAGCGCUCGAGGGACAUCCAGGAAGCCUUGGAAUCUUGCCAGACGCGCAUCUCCAAGCUGGAGUUGCAUCAGCAGGAGCAGCAGACCCUGCAGACGGAUGCCGUGAACGCCAAGGUGCUGCUGGGGAAAUGCAUCAACGUGGUCCUGGCCUUCAUGACCGUCAUCCUGGUGUGCGUGUCCACCCUAGCCAAGUUCGUCUCGCCCAUGAUGAAGAGUCGCUUCCACAUUCUGGGCACCUUCUUUGUGGUGACUCUCCUUGCAAUAUUUUGUAAAAACUGGGACCAUAUCCUGUGUGCCAUAGAAAGGACAAUAAUCCCAAGAUGAGCCCGCUGCUUCCUGCCUUCACGUUCUCUCAAGUUUUUUUUUUUUUUUUUUUAUUUUGGAGAAAACUGUGUGCAUACGACCAAAUUCCUGAAUGAAACGGCUGUGCCAAAGAUGGCGAGAAGGACUGAAGCUGUGUGGUGUAAAUAAUUAGAAUCUCUUAACCCAGUAGCAGUUGCCAACACGGUCCCUGUACGCGGUUAACGUGAAACUGGCCCAGAGUUCUCCCCACAUUGCUCACCGCCUUAAUCAGAGCAGAUCUUCAGCCCACCUGGCGAGCUCGGCAUGGUAAAGCCCUGUUCGUGGAGCGCUUGGCGUAAAGGGUGACCCAGAGGAAAGGGGCCUCCUUCUAUUUCCCAUGAAUCUCUGUCACAUUGAGCUUCAUGAUUGCUAACAGCUGUGUUCUCUCUGAGCCCCCCACAAACAGCAGGGAGAUGGCAGGGUUCAGGGGAGUGAGCAAAACACAAGACUUGGCAGCGUUGAGCUCUUGUGGGAGUGGUCUGUGGCAGCCCAGUCAGUCUCUCUGUGAUCUAUCCCACUUGCCGCCCCCCCAGGUGACCCUGUGUCCUAUUAUGUACCCGGUGUUCACAUUGGGUCGACUGUGUUAUGUCCUUUGUAACAUGGAAAUGUUAUAGCUGCUUCUCCGGCAAAAGUCUGCCUAACUGGUAGCGCUGCACUUUAUACCCAAUAGACACUAGGGUUUACUAACGGGCUCUCCUUAUGCCCAGGGACGUGCACACCUGAGCUCAUCCUACCUGGUGAGCAGUGCCCUGCCCUCAGAGCACGUAGCCAUGCUUUUAACACACUGUAGCUCUGGUAACUCGGGGUGCUGCGAGCAUCCCUGGGGAGGCUUAUGCUCUGGCAGUUGUCAACUGUGAUAAAUCCCCUUAGAGAAUGGGAUGCACUUUUACGCGAUUCACUUUACUCUCAGGUCGGCGGAGAUCAGAUUGCAGAGCUUGUUCGGGAAACGCAAACAAAUGAUGCUCCUGUUGCUAGGUUUUAUUUCUCUCAAAGACAGCAAAAUCAAACUUCAUAAAGCUUCAUGUGCGCCGAGGCAGGGCACGGGAGGCCGAAGAGGGAUUGGACGUUUGGUCUAAUCGGAUGGAUGGUGGCUAGGUUAGUGGGAGCCUUAUACCCAGAUGAGAUCAGGAGGGUCCGCUUAGGGACGUGAAGGGCAGCAAGAAUAAGAUGAAUUGAGUCCAGCGCCGAAGCUAAGUUGCCGUCGUCCAUCUUGUAGGCACGCAGUAAGACAAGUCCUGAGGGAGGUCACAGAACACACGCACUGCCAGUGAGCAGAACACAACAGGCAAGCGCCGCUGUGUUCCCUGGGUGCCGUUCACCGAUGAAGCUGGUUUUCUGUGUCCACCA